UUUUACACUAUAGUAUCAUUAUAAUAUUUAAUUUUAUUAUUAUCAUUUUUUUACACUAAUUUUAAACACACACCGUCGAUUCAAAAAGUUCUUAAUUUUAAGAUAAUAUCCCUAUCCUUAAGCGAUAUAUAUAUAUUUAUAUAUAACAUCCUAUUUCGUUAUUCUCUUGAUAGGCCUAAAAAUUAAUAAUUUGAGAUAGACCCAUAUAUAUAUAUAUAUAUUCUUCAAGUUGCCCCUCCAUAUGUUUUCAAAGAAAAGUCUUGGUUACUAAUUCAUCAUCAUCUUUUUCCCCUAUUCGAGAAAAACAAAAAACUUAUGGGUUGCUUCAGUGAUAAAAAUCAAAUCUUAACAAACUCAACUCAAGUUGAACCAAAAAAAAAAAAAAAAUCUCAAGUAAAGAAUCAAUUUAGUAGUUUCUAAAAUGAUAAAAAAAAAUUAACCCCAUAUUUUCUUCUCAAACGCACGACUUAAUGACUAUUUCUUGACCCAAAAUCCAUUUAGCUUAAAAUCUCUUCCUUUCCACAAUAUCAACAACACUUCUGCUUAAUUUUGAUCUUUGUUUUUCCAAGUUUUUACCAGCUACUCUUCAUCUCAGUUUUGCAGCUCCAUCUCCAGGAAUCCGACGCCCCCACUUUAUACGCCUCAAUUACUGUACUUUGUGCGUGAGCUCGCGAAUACAUUUUCCAUGGCGGAGCAUGUUAAACAUGUUCUUGGUGAUCAAAUAAUUCAUGGUUGCUUCCCAAAGGUUGGUGUUGCACGCCUCAAGGGAUUCGUCUCUACAACUACUAUCUUCAUAUUCUGCUUCUUCCUCCUUGCUAUUGCAGCUCUGCUUAAUUGGAUGGAUAUUCCUAUCAUACAGGGUCUUCCACUUGGGCAGGCACGAAGUUCUGAAAUUCAUCAUGAGAGCGUUGAAUUUCCUUUCAACUGCUCUAAUUUAGUUAAUUAUCCGUCGGUGUUUGAGCCCAAAGAAUCAUCGACUAAUGGAACUUGCCCAGACUACUUCCGGUGGAUCCACCAAGAUUUAAAGCAAUGGAAGAGUACGGGGAUUACAGAAGACAUGAUUGAAAGGGGAAAACCCAGUGCGGAUUUCAGGCUCGUCAUUGUCAACGGAACGGCUUAUGUGGAGAGGUACAGAAUGUCAUAUCAAACCAGAGAUGUAUUUACAAUAUGGGGCAUUUUGCAGCUUCUAAGGUUGUACCCUGGAAAAGUACCCGACUUGGACCUUUUGUUCUUUUGUGGAGACGAUACUGUGAUCAAGAAAAGAAACUACAAAGGACGCUAUGCUGUAUUAGCACCGCCGGUGUUUCAUUAUUGUGGAGAGAAGGCAGCACUGGACAUUGUGUUCCCUGACUGGACCUUCUGGGGAUGGGGAGAGGUUAAUAUAAAGCCAUGGGAGGAGACGUUGAGAGCAAUAAAGAAAGGGAAUGAGAGGAUCAAGUGGGAAAAGAGGGAGCCUUAUGCCUACUGGAAGGGUAAUCCACUAGUUUCUAGAGAUAGGAGGCUAAGUUUUAUGAAAUGCAACCUUUCAGCUAAACACGACUGGAAUGUUCGGCUUUAUAAGCAGGAUUGGGGUCAAGAAAUCCAAGGAGGUUUCAAGCAUUCUAAAUUGGAAGAUCAAUGCACCCAUAGAUAUAAAAUUUAUAUAGAAGGAGUGACAUGGUCUGUAAGUGAGAAGUACAUACUGGCAUGCGACAGCAUGACCUUGAUGAUACAGCCUAAAUACUAUGAUUUCUUCUCGAGAAGCAUGGUGCCGAUGCAGCAUUUCUGGCCUAUUCGUCGCAAAAACAGAUGCAAACAUCUUAAGUUUGCAGUUGAAUGGGGCAAUAAUCACCCUCACGAGGCAGAGGCCAUAGGGAAAGCAGGAAGCAAAUUUAUCGAAGAGGCUUUGACAAUGCGAAACGUGUAUGAUUACAUGUUCCAUUUGUUGAACGAAUACUCUAAACUCUUGAAGUUUAAACCAACAACACCUCCAAAUGCCCAAAAGCUCUGCUCCGAAACCACGGAGCAAGGUUUAUGGAAGGAAUUCAUGGUGCAGUCAAUUGUGAAGUCUCCUAGUGAUAAACCUCCAUGUGCAUUGCCUCCCCCAUUUGAACCUCAAGCCAUUCAAGCUUCUCUGGACGUAAAAGAGAAUAAAACUAGGCAAACGGAGACGUGGGAAACCGAGUAUUGGAAAAAACUAAAACAUAAGAAGCAUUAGAUGGUUAGAAACCAAACCUCUUUAAUUAGUUUAGCCAAUUAAGAAAAUAUCAGUAUAUUCCAGGCUACAGCAGCUAAAACUUGGUGUUUAUAUGUUACACAUAACAGUCUCAAAGUUCGAAGAGCUAUGGGAUCAUAUUAGUGAGUUGAAAUCUAGUAGCGAGAGGAGAGGACGGGCAGUUCAUAGUUUAAUUCUGGAACCUCUGAUUUUAAUGAUUGUAUUGAUCACUGUGAACCGUUGGAUUGGGCAAAAGAUUCUCCUGAUUUGGUGGAUGGCGUCAACCAUUUGGAGUGUAUGAUUAACGAGAAAUAAAGCUUUGGAAGGUAGAAGAAAUUAUUCAUUUGGCAAUACGUAGAGCUUUCCACUGGAUGGGGUGAUCUUAGCUGGAACUUGGUGGUGGCAGAGUGUGUAAGGGUUAACUCGAUGGGGAGGAGCUCCUCAGUUUGGCUGCUAGAAAUUUAAGGUGGAUGCGUCGGAGUCAUGGAACUAGUUUGUGCAAGGGUAAAAGGUGUACUCCGUCCGUGAUCAUGUUGUGUGGUUGGCACACUAGAAUUUUUUGGUGAUUAGCUCCAUGUUUAUGGUAUUUUUCACUGUUUCUUAUCUCUUGUUCAGUUUUCAUUUUGCUUGUAUAGUUAAUAGGUAUUCUUUUCAAAGGUUAAAAUAUAAAAUUUUAUUGUUUAGUUUACAGAACGUAAAA